GAGUUGGUUUUGGAUUCAGAAGAGUCCGAACGCAGCCGCCCCAUCCGGUGACCAUUCCCAAUUCUUCAUUCCCAUCAUUCCUUGUCGUUGCCUCUCUUUUUCUCUUCCCAUUCUUCUUCUCCAACGGCCCACUGAGUCUCGGAUUCUGUUUUCUCGUCGCCGGCCAGCAACCGGCUCCUUCCAUGGAAGCCUAAACUCUCUUCUCCUAUCCAAUUUUUUGGAAACCUGAUCCGAUUCUUUCAUGUUCUUCCAACCUUUUGUUUUGUCUGUUAUCGAGCCUCAAGAUGAUUGCAAUUCCGUAUUUGACUGCAUUAACUACUUACUUUAGUUAUGGCUUGCUCUUUGCCUUCGGCCAAUUGAGAGAUUUCGGUCGGAAACUCAUGGAUUGGUUCAGCUCUAACAACCUCCAGGGUUACGCCCCGAUCUGCCUAGGACUCGAAGAUUUCUAUAUUCGUCGGUUAUAUCUCCGUAUUCAGGACUGCUUUGGGAGACCAAUAGCAAGUGCUCCUGAUGCUUGGUUUGAUGUUGUUGAACGUUAUUCAAAUGAUAAUAACAAGACGCUGAAAAGAACAGAAAAGCUAAGCAGAUGCCUCAAUUUGGGAUCAUACAAUUAUCUUGGUUUUGCUGCAGCAGAUGAAUACUGCACACCCCGGGUAGUUGAGUCACUGGAGAAGUAUUCUCCGAGUACUUGCAGCAGUCGUGUUGAUGGGGGCACAACUGCACUACACAAUGAACUGGAGGAAUGUGUUGCAAAAUUUGUUGGAAAGCCAGCAGCUCUGGUUUUUGGUAUGGGCUAUGUGACAAAUUCAGCCAUUCUUCCGGUCCUGGUGGGGAAGGGAAGUUUAAUCAUCAGUGAUUCAUUGAACCACAACUCUAUUGUCAAUGGUGCGCGAGGAUCUGGCGCUACUAUUCGUGUAUUUCAACACAACAUACCAUCUCAUCUUGAAGAGGUUUUAAGAGAACAAAUUGCGGAGGGACAGCCAAGGACCCAUAGGCCAUGGAAAAAGAUAGUUGUCAUUGUGGAAGGGAUUUACAGCAUGGAAGGGGAACUUUGUAAACUUCCAGAGAUCAUGGCAAUAUGCAAAAAAUACAAGGCAUAUACAUAUUUGGAUGAGGCACACAGCAUCGGAGCAGUGGGCAAGACAGGCAGAGGUGUUUGUGAGCUCUUAGGUGUGGAUACUGCUGAUGUGGACAUCAUGAUGGGGACAUUCACCAAAUCCUUUGGAUCAUGCGGGGGUUACAUUGCAGGAUCAAAGGAACUUAUCCAAUACUUGAAGUACACUUGCCCUGCUCAUCUAUAUGCAACUUCAAUUUCACCCCCAGCCGCACAACAAAUAAUAUCUGCCAUCAAAGUCAUUCUUGGAGAGGAUGGCUCCUACAGAGGUGCCAAGAAACUUGCGCAAAUUCGUGAGAACAGCAAUUUCUUCAGGUCAGAACUUCAAAAGAUGGGAUUUGAGGUUCUUGGGGAUAAUGAUUCUCCAGUAAUGCCAAUUAUGCUUUACAACCCAGCCAAAAUCCCUGCCUUUUCAAGGGAGUGCCUCAAGCAGAAUGUUGCCAUUGUGACAGUGGCAUUUCCAGCAACCCCCCUACUGUUAGCAAGAGCCCGCAUAUGCAUAUCUGCUUCUCAUUCAAGGGAAGACCUUAUUAAAGCUUUGGAGGUUAUCAGUAGAGUUGGUGAUCUAGUGGGGAUAAAAUACUUUCCUGCUGAACCAACUGAGCAGCGGAGAGAGAAUAAAGAUAAGAAGGCUGACUAAGUGACGUUAUUACUUACGAGCUAAAAUAGGAGUGGAAGCUGAAGUAAGUGAAGAGCCAUUUAGGGCGCUUUCGUUUCCGUUUGUCAUGUAAGUUUUAAAUCUGCUGGUAUGCACUGCGCUUGUAUUUAAUUCUCCUGCCAUUGCAGAAGGGUUGGACUUGGAUGGAGCAGCAGAACACGAGUUUUAUUCUCAGGCGCAAGGGAAUCUGUUUUGUUGGAGGGAUAUCUAUCCAUCUCUCAGUCGGGUCGUGAGAUUAUUUGUAUAGUCGCAGGUGUAAAUUCCCUACGUCUUGUGCUUAUUCAUUGGAAACUCGAACCUGUGUAUGAGGGAUCACUUGGGAGAAUGGAAUUUCAUAUAGGACAAUACCUAGGUAAACUUCCUCAUAUCCAUUAUGUUAAGGUAAACUUCCUUAUAUCUGUUAUGUCAAGUGCCUUGAUCAUUCA